AUGUCGUCCUCACGACGCGACUCGGUCCGACCGGUCGUGGUCGAGAUUGAGCCUCAGCGAAGACACUCCAACAAGUCACCUCAAUCUCCAUCAUCUCCCAAAGCUGUACGCUUCGCACCAAGCUCCGGCAAUGCAAUCUCACGACCCUUGACAACGAUCGAAGCCUGGUCUCUCUACCACUUCGAGAACCACGCCAGACAUUGCGCAUCAUGCUACAAUCCCCUCCAAGUCGUUCAACGAGGCGGCCAACUCUGCGAUAUCGGUCACGGUCUCGCCCAAGACGUCGCUUACCACGUCUACCACCGCGAAGGAGAAUUCUACAGCACAUCAAAGGACGACGCCAAACUCGUCCGGAUUGAGAUCCCACCAGGCUACACCCAACUCCGCAGCCUUUUGAAAUCCAUGGAUCGAGCUCUCCGAUCUCACCGCAUUUCAACCUCAUCGCCAAUCAUCAGCUACGAUCGAACAUAUCCUGUUGCGCCACGCCGUUUCGAUGACCGAAGCGAACGCGAAAGCGUCUUUGUCGAGCCCGCGAGCUCAUCAUCACAUUCCAAAUCUUCUCACCAUCGGAAAUCGAAGCACAAGUCAUCCAGGUACUCCACAGUGGCACUCAACGAUGAUGACGAUGAUGGAUAUGCUGUCAAGUCACCUUCGUCGCCGAUUCAACGACGAGGAACACUAUAUGAACAGGACAUGCAGCGCAAGAAGGAGAAUUACCGCGUGGAAAUCCGUGAGCCUACGCGACACGGACGGGAAAAGGAGCGAAGGAGUGGUGUGUGGUUAUGA